AUGAAAUUGAUAUAUAUUUGCUUAGUUGCAUUAACUUUCGCUCAAGAUUCAGACCAAAUUACAAUAGAGGAGCCAACUACAAUUACUUUAGAUGAAACUUUUGAUGGAGAUGCAGUAAAAGUAGCUACAGACUCUGAUUUUGAUGACCAACCGACAAGAAUUGACAAUGGUUAUUCAUAAACUUAAAGAAAUCUCGACGCGUAGCGUCCUGCUUAACAUUCACUGCAAGGGUAGCCGCACCAAGAACUUUCACCAUUUUUAGACUUAUCGGCCAAAGGCGUCUGGGCUGGCCUGCUUUGAUGAGCCAGGGCACGCUUGAAACAGUGUUGCCGACUUCGAAAGCUCAAGAGUGAGAGAUUACUGUCUUCCUUGAGGCUGUGUAAAGACUAAAGACUCCUUUGCUGUCGCAGGAUGGAAGUGGAUAACUAUAGGCUUUUUCAAAUUCCUGAGGGGCAGGCCAAAGGGUAACUCUCCAUUUGAGUUGCUUAACUGUCUUGUGAGGGAUAGACUUUCCAUAUAAAAGCAAGCCUCAUAAUCAUAAAAUCCCGAAUGAGCGGUGCCGAUAUCUUACAAAUGUCGCCAUUUUAUGAUUAUGAUAUUUAUUCAGAUUCUCAAAUAUAUACAGUCGAAUAUCAAGGACGGCAGUAUGAGAUUUCUGUAGAUGGGUCAAUUUCCUUAAUAAAAGCAGGCCAAACAACCUCAUUUUUGCAAACACCAACUGAAUUUAUCGAGACUAAAAAUUUCAUAAGAGACGAUUUACCUACUGGAUUUGUAUAUUUAUUAGUUACUAGUUUUACAGAAGAAUCUGCCUCUGGAAAGGUCACAGUUUAUUUCAGAGGAAGCACUAGUGAGCCUUAUGAUAUCGUUGUAGGCUUAAAUAAGCCAACAGGGAUUUGUGCAGAUGAAGAUAACCAAUUUUUAUAUGUUGCAGAUUCAGGGAGCGGAAAAGUUUAUACUAAAAGUGACAGAAAAAAAGGAUGGCGGGAAUUAGGAAAAAUUUUAUUAUAGGGAUAUAGGGAAUUUUAUAGAAAAAAAUAAUAAAAUAGUUGUUAUUUGAGGAAUAUCAAUUUGAAUAUAAACAAACUUAUAGUGGUUUGGAGCUGAAAUCAGAUAAUUUUGUAGUGGUUUAUAAUGGUGAUGAACCUUAUGAGUGCUCUGUUGACGAUUAUGGAAAUGUGUAUGUAGCUGAUAAAGCUAAAAAUGAAAUUUAUCUGCUUUAUGCUUCUGAUUUGUAUUUGGGGACUUCUGAUUCUGGAUAUACAGCGUUUUCUGGACUGUAUUUAACUUCAGUGAGCUCACCAGCAGCUUUAGAAGUUAACGACAAUUUUAUAUAGCCCGAGUCUCCUUUUGGCUGGCUAUACCGAUAUCUCUAGAUUUCGAAAGGGGGUUGGCUUUUUCAGCAUUUAUUGGUUAAAUUAACCCCUCCAACGUCGAGAACGUCAGUAUAGCCACAGCCAAAAGGAGGCUCGGGCCAUAAUUUAUCAUAUUCCCUUCAAAUUUAUAUUAUCCUUACCAAAUUUUCAUAUUUUUAAGGAUUAAUGCAGGAAAAAUGCCAUUAUAUAUAAAUAUGUUGCCCCAUUUAAUUCAAAAUAGCAUAUUAAAUAUUGAUAUUUUAGAAUAAUAUAAAUAUUCCUAUUUUUAAGGAUAAAUUGCUAUAUUUAGUAAUAUAUUGGGUUAACAGUGAAAAUGGGCAAAAAUCAGGGACUCUUAUAAAGUCAAAUUUAGAUGAAAAAUCUAGCUCAACACAAACUAUUGAUUCAAAUUAUGAUUCUGCUUGGGGAGUAACUGCUAACAGCUAUGGAAUUUAUUAUAGUACUGAUAAAGAGGUGCUAAUUUAUAGAGAAAAAUCAAAUGAGUCAGUAUCUAUGAUGAGUGGGCUGAACCAAGCCAGGGGAUUAUGCAUAGGAGAAAACGAGUUAUAUGUAGUUGAUAAUGGGGAUGGAAAAGUCUACCUUAUUUCACAGUAUGGAGAAGUAGAUAAAUAUAUAUCAACCUUUGCAAUUCUUCAAGGCGCUUAUAAUAUCUUUUGUGCAAAUAAUGCUUUGGGAUUGGCUAUGGGAAUUUUGGCGUUGAUAUUCAAUUAG